CAUGAAGCUAAAAUUAAGAGUUAUUAUUGAAGUUAGUCUCAUUGUCAUGAACGCAGACCCAGCUGUUGUGCAGAGAGAAAAUGAAAAGUGAGAGAAAUUAUUAUUUCUUGUGUCUUGUGUUUUUGACUUCAUUUUUUGUGGUGGUUGGUGCUGCAGAAAACAAAUGGAGAUGCGACGGUUCCAUGGCAAAAUGUGGAGAAAUAGGUGAAGAAGAAUUCUCAAUGGAAUCUGAAUCAACUCAAAGGAUUGUUGGUGAAGUACCCAAGUACAUAUCUCCAGGAGCUCUGAGAGGCGAUUUACCAGCCUGUGGGAAAACAGCAAGAGGUGAUCCUUAUAGUAAAACAUGCUUACCUCCACGAUCAAAUUCCUAUCAAAGGGGUUGCUCUAAGUAUUACAGGUGCCGGGGAUGAAGAUUGACUUUAUUAUCAAAUGCUCAACAAAAUGUGAUUAGUCAGUUCCCUUCUUCAAUUUCUUUGAUAAUAAUAAUUGUUUUCCAUUCCAUGGCAUUGCUGCAUAAUUGUUUGUAUUGAUUUCUUCUCAGCAGAUUUAACACAAUUUAGUCUCCA